AUGGCAAUAGCCCAUUCAUUCCUGGACUCUUUAAUGUUCCUGAAACUACAACCAUCUGGUGAAGCAACUAGGGUCAAGAGACAACGUACUGAAACGGAAUCUCACCCUAAUUUUGCUCAUGUUGGUCUGGAGAUGAGGAAACAAGUGAUAUCUGCCUGCAGAAAUAUUGUGUAUCAAGAAUCGCAUCUUGACAAACUGCACCAGAAAUCAAAACUGUUGGAGGAGCAUAGAUCGAAAGGAACUGUCCCUAAGGAUAUUUUGCUACCUAAGAAAAAAGCUCUGUUUGAAGAUGGCCAAGGAACUUUGGACGCAAUUCUACAGAAUGCUCAAGCUUCUUUACUCCAACAUCGAACAAGAGAGACUACCAGGAAAAUAGUGGAAACACAAUCAAAGAAACUCGACAUAGAGAAGAACAUUCUCUCAGUCUUUGAAGUGACUAAAACUGCUCAGAUUAAUGCAUUGUCAGAAGGAGAUGAGUUCUCCCGCUCCAUGAUUGAAGCACGAUAUAGGAUGAACUUAAGCUUUUAUCAUAGCCAACUUACUCUGACAAGAGAAAACGCGUUUUUGAAAGCUACAAACGAAGCUGAUAAGAAGAAACGACAACUACUUAAACAAUCAGCUAUGGAUACUGCCCCCGAAAUGAGAGUGGAGGAUGUAAUUGAUCAGAGACUCAAACAGUUAGGCCUCAUCAAUAAAGAUAGAUCUAGGUCUAAAGCAAAGCUGAAGAGAUCAAUGAAGCCUACCAUCUUUCCGGAUAGAUCCUCGAGAUCUUCUAGAUUGUCUAGAAGUUCAUCUAGAAGUUCGAGAUCUAGCAAUUUGAGUGCUAAUUCGAGAAGAAACAGUCGCUCACCUAGUAAAGGUAUACUAAAGAAAGUGAAUAAAGUAAAGUUUGAUGAGACAAAAAACGCAAGACCCACCCCCUUCAAAUCCACCCCCUUCAAAGCAAGAAGAGGGAGAGGAAGAGGAAGAGGAAAGCAGUAA